GACCACUGAACCCACUAACACAAUACAUGUUGGAAUGAAUAUAUUUACUAUUAGUAUUUUAUAUAUUAAAGACAGGGUAAUUCUGCAGUUUACGUAUUUAAUACAUGGGAUCAUAGAUAAUAGAAUUGGAAGUUGGCGCAGCCACAUAAUUUUGUAGCAAUUUUUCGUUACCCAAAUAUUUCAUUAUCAUUUCUGUGAUAAUUUUAAUGCCUUCAUUGCAUCCUUUCUAGAGUUUCUGAACUUUUGUAUUCAUCUGUCUUUCAUACCUUGAAAUUUUUGUGGGUAGCAUUUCAGGCGGCAGUUCAUUCUUUGUGUGCUGAGAAUUUUAAAAUUAUGUUUCAUUGUUGGUUUCAUAAGCAACAAUUGCUAUUUUCGCGGCAUAUUAGGUUCCUAAUGCAUCCUAAAUGUAUUAAACAGAUUAGAAUCGAUGCAAGACUUUUCUUUCGGAACCGAGCGUAACCUUUUAAUUUAUUGGCUAUUGUUUUGAUUGGCUAAGGCGUAAGGUUUGUUUUUGUAGAGCAGAAGCAUACUUUUAUUUGCGCAUUAGUAAGAACGGCUUCACAAAAAUAGAGUCAAAGUCAACAGUAUCGGCAUGACCAGCCCUCUAUAAUUAUAUUAGCUUUUCAACAAAAAAAAGCAGACUGAUAAUAAAAGUGGAAUUUAAAUUUGAAAAAUGGUGUCUGUUUUUAACGCUGUGUUGUUUUUCUGUGCCAAGGAAAUUUCUGAUCUGGGUCAGAAUACUCACAAUGUAGCAGAGAAAUAUUUAAACGAUUUUUUUGAAAAUCGCAAUAACAAGAUUUUUUGUCGUUCAUUAGUGGAAACGCUAGAAGAUGUUAGCCAGAAAACAUUACUGUGUGCAAUAGACUUGCGAAAACAUAUUCCCGAAUUUGAACCUGAAUAUAACGAAAUCUUGGAAAAACUAACCAAUUUAAUAGGAAACAAUAAUUGUCAUUACGCAAAUAAAACAAAAGAAGAUUCAGGAGACAUUGAGCUUUCGGAAUAUAGCCUUCACAUUAAUUCCGUAAAAGACGAGAAAAACCGAGCAUCAUCUGAAGAAACUGUAUUCUACAACCCGAAAAAUGUUGGUGCAUCUGAUCAUGAGUUGAUUUAUACACCAUCUCAGAAUGAUUGCUUUGCAGCUUCUACUGUUACUGCUUUGACGCACGUCAGUCAAGAUCUUGAACUGGAAGCUGAGCCACAUUUCACAGAUUCCUCCAGGAGCUCACCUGAUGGCAAGAACAUUCAAGUUACAAGGCACAAUGGCACAAUUCAAGAAUCCGGAAAAAAUGAUUCUGAUCAAGAAGAGUUAUAUAAAGUUAUUAGGGAAGAAAAAUUUAUACCCUCAACACCCCUCAGGAAGGGAAGAAAGAAAACAGAAGAUACCAAAGCACUGGAAGCUUAUAGAAAACUAAUAGAAGAUAGCGACGACUAUAGUUCUUCAUUAUAUUCAAAUGAUAUCGGUGACCUAAAUGAACUUUAUGAUAAUGCUGAACUUUUAAAUAAGACUUCAACAAUGUAUUCUGAGGACAAAAAAAAAUUUGGUAUAACCAAAGAGCUGCACAUACAGAUAAAGCAACUGGACAAAAAAGAAUUCAAUGUGAAAAAAUUGCCUAAAAAUAAAAGAGAAGCUAUUGCAAUAGACAGGUUAUGCAAUUUGAGCACGGUUUUGCGGAAACGUCGACAGUUCCCAUCUAGUCGACUGGAUCGCAGUGCAAAAACAACUCGACUUCCAUUGAAUUCGUCUGAAUCAUCUGAAUGCUCUGAUUUCAACACUUCACUCAGUACAGUAGUCACUCAGCAAUAAAAGUUUCAAUAUAUGUUGUAUGUUUUGGACCAACCAUCAACAAGCAACUGCGAUUUAAAUCCUCGGCAUUGCAGUAUUUAUGUUUUAGGGUAGAAUCGAUUUUUAAUAAUCCCUUUACAAAUUUCUAAUCCUAAGAAAUAAUGCGUAAAUGAAUUUUACUUAAUUCUCGUUAUU